GUCUCUGCACUAUAAACAGCAUCGUAUUUGAACUCUAUUAUUGCUCUUUAAUAAUAUUAAAUAAAAUGUAAAUUUGAACAAUAAAACAAACAAUUUUUUACAAAAAGAAGCAUAAAAACAAAACCAAAUUGCAAAUUAACAAAAAUAAAUUAAAUAUUUGCAAAUAUUCAAUAAAUUCGUUCAAAACGAAGAAAACAUUGGAAUGAAAAAGAAAAUACAAAUAAAACAAGAAGAGUGUGAACAAGAAGAAGAAGCAGCAGAAAAGACAUAAAACAGGAAAUAUUCAACACACAAAAGUCUUAAAAGCAAAUGGCCAUUGAAGACGACAAAUAACGUAGAAAAAUGUAUUUAUUGGUUCAUUUUUGGUCCACAAAAGUUAUUUAGAUAGAUACACGCAAUUAAUUACAAACUUUUACAAUUAAUUAAAGUGAAAAAAGUUGCUAAAGUGAAGUAGAUAGCAACGUUUUUAUUGAUUAACAAGUUUAAGACAAGAACUCUUGUCCACAUCUUGUAAAGGAAUUUUAAGACGUGUGAGUUUUAUUUUUGCCAAGGAAGUGUUCUUCAAUAUUAUUGGAAACAUUCUACAGGCCAUAUGAUAUAAUUAGAAGAGUACAAUAUGAACAGUGAGUAAGUGGUCGUCGCUAUUGUCGCAUUGUUGGAUUAUUUCUUACACUAAACAUUGACAAUAUGGAAAACAAUAUCGAUAGAACGGCAGAUGAAAGUCUUGAUUCAGUACCACAACCAACAUACGAAGCUUUAGGAGAAGCCGAAGAUGUGGAAGAAUGUAAUAGUAUAAGUCAGACAAUGGAAUCAGAAGUCCAUUUAAAUGAUUAUGUAGUAGAGGAAAAAGACAAUGAAGAUGAGGAUGAUGAUGAUGAUGGUCAAUCAGAUUCAGAUCAUGAAAUGGAAAAAGAAUCUAAAGAAGAUGCACAUUCAGAUUCGGAUCAUGACAUGACAAAAGAAUCAAAAGAAGAACCUUCAUCAACGACAACCUCGCGCACCCAUCAUAAUGAAAGUAAUGUGCCAGAUUCACAUGUAGGCAAUCAUCAUAUUGAGGAUGAAGAUUUCUCUUUGGAAUAUGAUGAAGAGGAAGAUAUGUGUGAUGAAUUUGCUCAAGAGAGUUCACAAGCCUAUGUAGAACAUAUUACAGCCGAUAAUAAAAGUAGUGACCCUUUAAUAGUACAGGGUAAUGAUGGCAUGAUUAAGAAAAUUAAAAUCUGCAAUACAUCAAAAGAUGUAGCCAAUGAUAAGACAGAAAUUAAAACAAAAAAAUCUUUAAAUAGUUCUCAAAUUGAAGGGAACGCAAAACUACAGCCGCGCAGUAGUACUCCCAUGUCAAGGGAAUAUUUAGCACUACAAAGAUCAGUAAAUGAAUCAAAAAUAUUAACAGAAUUUGUUACUGAAGUAGCGAAUGAAAAACCGCGUAAAGUAAGAUCUAAGGAUACAACACCCACGGCGGAACAUUCGUAUUCAACAACAGUGAGAAAAAGUAAUCAGUUGACCCCGGAAAAAGUCCAUCCAGAUGAUAGAUACCAUAGUAUUAGUCCUUCACAGGGUAAACGUCAGCAUAGCAAACGUUUUGUGCCCCUUAAGGAAAGUGAUUGUGAUGCAGAUUCCUCUUCUCAUUUAAGGCCAAGAUCUCGCAGCAAAAGUAUGCACAAUACUGAACUAAAUCAGACGGGUUCACAUAAAAAACUUAAGAAAUGGCCCUCAGAGGAACGUAUACACAAACGAACAAAUAUGCGUUCAGAAAACUCGGAAUUUGCUCAAAAACAAAUGGAAUUUCUACAACGUGUCAUUCAUGCGUGCGAAAAUCCCGGUAGUCGUUCAAGAUCACGUUCACGUUCAGAUGGAGGUACAACAACGGGCAUUGGUGGUGCAGUACAACAGCAGCAGCAGCAGCAACCACAACAAAAAACUCAUAAAAGUAGUAGUAAAGAUCGUAAUUCGAAACGUAAUAAAUAUGAGAUGAGUUCGGAAAAUGACGAGCAACAGAUGUCACAGCUUUUGGGAGAAAAUGUCAAUGAACCGGCCGAUGAUGAGUCGGUUAAUGAAAGCCAGGCUUCACUGAUGGGCAUCAGUUCAUUGGGCGACGCCACGCUGGGGGAUAAUGAUGAGGUGGAAGCACGUUUGAAAUCGCUUUGGCAACCGGCACCUAAGCCCGGCUACGACAGCUUUUGCUGGAAAUGCCACGAAACCGAAGUGAAUCUGUGUUGCUGCAAAUGUAUACGUAGUUUUCAUGCAGCCUGUGUUAAAAUUAAUAAAUUUGAUAAUAUAUGGUUGUGUCCCGAAUGUACCACUGUUGAUAAUAUGUUAAAUAAUCCAAAAAGGUCACGACGUAAUGAACUAUCUUUGGAUUUGCUAAGUCAAUUACUAUCGUUUGCUUUAAAACGUAUGCGUUAUACUAAAGGGCACUAUAACUUUGUGAUGCCCUAUGAGGAGUCAACAAUUUAUAAAAAAUACAUAGUAAAUCCGGUAACAUUAACAGAAUUGCAGGCGAAAAUCGAAGCAAAAGAAUUUCGUUGUGCCGAAGAAUUUGUUAAUGAAACUAAGUGGAUGUUACACAAUGCCUACAUACUAAGUAGUCGCAAUAAUACAAAAAUUGUAUUAGCGGCUAAAUCAAUAUUUAAAAUAUGUCGUCAGGAAGCCAAUGAAAUUGAAACCUGUGCAGAAUGUUAUUUAAAUGCUAAUACCAGAACUGAUUGGUUUGUCGAUGUGUGCUCACAGCCCCAUUUACUAUUGUGGGCUAAGCUAAAGGGUUUUCCCUAUUGGCCGGCCAAAGCUAUGGGUUUGGGCCAGAACUCUUUAAUAAAUGUACGUUUCUUUGGCGAGCACGAUAGGGCAUUUGUGCCCUUAAAGGAUUGUUUUCUUUAUUCUGAACAAGAUCCUAAUACAGCUACGGGCAAGAGGGCGGCUAGAGAAUUGGCCGAUUGUAUUAAGGAAGUGGAAGAGCAUGUGGAAAAAAUUAGAACAAAAGUGGGAGGUUUUAAAUAUGCCCCAUUUAAGACACCCUAUGAGCCAGCAGAAGAAAUGAAACAAUUGGCCGAAAUGAUGCCGGGAGUAGAGGAUUUUAUAAAAAAACAACAAGGCAUGAUAAUAAAACCUCCUUUACAGUUUAAAAUCUAUAAAACUGCCGAUAAUAACUUGUCUAUUGUACAAAAAGCCUCACCUACGCCAGAAUUACCUACCAACACUCAUGAUAGUGAUGACAAGGAUAAAGAUAAGGAAAAGGAUAAGAAGAAAAAGUUAUCAGGCGACAGCAGUGAUAUUAAGAAAUUAGAAGAGUCUAUAACAUCGCCUCCCAAAUAUAAAGUUGUAACAAAAGUUAGUUCUGAUGAUAGCAAUUCUUCGAAGCUAAGUACAGUUAUAUUAAAACGAAAGUCCGUAAAUGGCGAUUCCAAGAAAACAAAUGAGGAGGAAACGGUUGAUUUACCUUUACCCAAAAUGACAAAAAUAGAAGAUCAGCCGUCCAUGGAGGAAGAUGUUAACAAAUUAAAUGCCAAACGUAAAGCAGAAGCUCAAGGUAUGGAAAAGCCCAAAGCUAAACAUACAAAAUUAGAACCUAAAAUACCCAUAAUGACUAUUAAGACUUCAGUAGCAAAGGAACUAAACAGUGUUAGUGCCAACGAAAGUAAUGCAAAAUCUAUGACAGAAUUACAAAUGAAUGAAAAGGAAAUCGGAAAACAAGAAAAAGAAACAACUUGUAAUACACAGAAAGUUAUGGAAAGUUUAGUGAAACAUAAGCAGGGAGUAACUAUAAAGAAAGUAGCUAAAGAGCAACAAAAUUCCAAUAGUCCAGAACAAAUUUCCCUGAAUAAUUCUAAAGAAAUGCCAAAAGAAGGUAAUAAACAAAAAAGUGAAGAGGAAAAGGCAAGAGAAAAUCAAAAAGUUAAUAAUAUUCUAAAGGGAUUAGUGCCAUUUGUAGAAGUUAAACAGGAAGUUCUUUCCGAAAAUGAGGAGGAAGCUGAAAAACCACAGCAAGAUAAAACAUUGGAUAAAGAAACCGCAAAGAAUCAUAACAAUGAAAAUUUACAAAAGUCACAAGAUCCAAAAGAAAAUAAUUUACAGAAACAGAAUAACAAUAAUAAUAAAACAGAAAUCAAAACUAACGAAAAACCUUUAGAGAAAGAGGAAACUAUUGGUUUAAUAACCCAAGUUAAAGAAGAGGUUUUAACAGAUGAAGAGGAGGCAAAUGUAAAUGCAAAUACUACAGUUAAUCAAUCGACUUUAAUAACUAAAGUUACUCAAAGUGGCAGCAGCAAUACUAAUGAUAAACAAACUCCUACCACCACAGCAGGAGGGGAUAUACGAGUUGUGGGUGAUACUACAAUACAAAAAUUAUCUAAAAAUCAACAUUAUAUAUACAGUACCAACUCAACUACCGCUAAUAAUACUAACAGUACUAGUAAUGUUAACAGCAGUAAUACAAAACGUUCCUCUUUAAAGGGUGUUCCUUAUGGUCCACUACCAGCCUCAGCAUUUCCAAAAUCCUUAACAUCUAACAAAUCAUUCCAACAAUCGGAUAUUAGCCUACAGCCUAGAGCUAAGAAAUCUUUUCCACAACAUUCUCCGCCCAUGGAAAAACUAAGACCCAGCAAUAAUCAAAAUGCCGCCACACAAAUGCCCUCACAAUCAAUCGGCCAACAUUUGGAUCAGAAGAGAACAAUGUCGAAAAAUACCAUGGUAGCCAUACCGGUAGAUGUGGCCACAAAUCGUGCUUCCACAUCUGCGGGCACUAUCAUUAUUGGUUCCAUACCAGUACCGCCUUUAACAGCAGUCUCCAAGUCAGUGCCCUCAACGAUGGCACACAAUUCCACAGCACGCAAUUCUCCUGCCACAAUAACCGUUUCAGGAACAACUGGCAGUCUAACAACACCCUCUAUAUUGGCACAAGCUAAAACCUCUACAACAACAGUAUCAUCAGUCUCUUCUAGCGCCAUUAGAAAUUCCCCUAUAACUGUACCAUCGACAUCUCUACUGGCACCAUUAACGACAUCGUCGUCAUCAUUAUCAUCCACACCGUUACCAACGACAUUGAAUCCCUUAACUAUGACUACACCACCGCCUCUAGCAGGUUUAUCCAACAGCAGCUUAAUUGGAACACCCCAAACAAAUGGUAUUACUGAUGCAAAUAAUACUUCAACACUUUCUUCUUCGCCAGCAACUCAACAGCCUUCUACAGAUACACAUCUAUUAGGUGGCCUGGUUACUCCGACGUUAGCCUCAGCCAUUACUGAUGUUAUUUGUAGGGGUCCGCCAAAGUUAGCAGCUCGACCAAGUGGCCCGCUACAAUCAGAAGGUCAUCCUAUGUUUCCAUCGCAGGCGGGACCUGUGUGCAAACGUUUGGUGGAAAAUGUCCAUAAGCUAACGGAUUUCUUUAUAUCGGUUGUGGAAGAUACAAUGGGUGAAAUGGCCCAAGGAGACGAUGCAAGUCUUCAGGCAAAAGUUACUCUGCUCACAAUGGAAUUGGAACGUAGUAAACAGGCAUAUGAACAAGAAAUUGCCGAACUAAAACGUACUUCUGAUCUAAUGUUAUGUGAAAUGCGUAAAAGUAUGGAGAAUGAAAAGACACGACUAGCAAUUGAAAUACGCAAACAAUGUGAAAUGGAACGUAUACGUUCGGUAGAGGAGACAAAACGCAAACAAUGGUGUGCAAACUGUUUUAGAGAAGCAAAUUUCUAUUGUUGUUGGAACACCUCAUACUGUGAUUAUCCUUGCCAGCAAUUGCACUGGUCACGGCAUUCACACACAUGUGCACAAACUCGUGUUGGUCUAAAUGAAACUACCAAUGCCACCACAAAUACAACACCACCAGAGCGUCAUCAUCCCACUAAAUCGAAUAGCACCAUAACAUUGAGUUCAUCGGCUAAUUUUAAUAAAUCAACAACAAUUAGUCAAAAGAAAGAGAAGGGUAAUAGUGCUAAGAAUUCAGCAAAUCAUAUGAUGUCAUCAACAAUAUCAUCAGUCACACCAGCCUCUGCGUCACGUUCGAAUACCGAAGUAUUAAAACUACCAACGAAUACAUAUUUAAGACCGGUAACAAAUAAUCUAAAUAAUCAAACAUUGCGUUGUAAUACAACAUACAGUAUACCGGUUCAACGUUUUAGUGCACCGAUGCCCAUUUCAACACCUGCCAACAGCAAUAAUGCACAAACAUAUACGAUUGUACAGCAGGGUAAUAGUUGGGUAAUGAGCAGUACACCCAAUAAUGGCAACAGUAACAGCAAUAACGUCAAUAAUUCUGCUACAAAUUCAGCAACAAUAGCAGCACCUAUUGCAAAUGUACCACAAGUUCCAGGACAGCAACGCUCUGCUGGCAACAGUGUGGGUUCCAUAAUGACAAAUAAAUCACAAAAAACACAAAUACGUUAUCAUUAAAAACUUUUUAACAUGUGUAAAUAACUUAACAUAAAUGCAACGGUAGCAUCCAUAUAACAGCCACUAAAUAUUACUUAAUUAUUGCAGACUCUAAAUAUGUGAAAAAAAUAAAAUAAAAAAUUGUGAUAUAAAAUUCGUUUGCCGGCUAACUGC